UGUUGGUCAUCCGAGCUUGCGGGCGUAUUUCCCGCUGCUCCAGGAAGACCUCUCUCUAUAACCUUUAAACACUUCGCCGAGAAGCGAUAGCUGCAACCUUAUUUCUGACCAUGGCUGGAUCGUCCUUGAACAAUUUCAGACAGUUAAUCCGAGGUUUGACAGGAGGAAAGGGCUUCGAUCGAAUUUUGAGCAAGAUGGCUGUUGUUACAACUAGCCCUGGAAAAAUUGUCUGCCAAAUGAAAGUAGAGGAGGAACAUGUGAAUCGGGCGGGCAACCUACAUGGUGGAGUGACAGCAACACUAGUGGAUGUGGUAUCAACUACAGCCUUGCUUAGCACUGAACGGGCAUUACCAGGAGUUAGUGUGGACAUGAAUAUAACGUAUAUGAAUGCAGCAAAACUGGGAGAGGAUAUUAUCAUAACUGCUGAGGUGCUGAAGGAAGGUAAAUCUCUUGCAUUUACAACUGUGGACGUGACAAACAAAGAAACAGGGAAACUCUUGGCUCAAGGACGGCACACAAAAUACCUUGGCACUUAAAAAAUUUAAACCAUUUUUGUACAAUUACUUCAUUUGAGGAAAAUUUAACAAAUAAAAGAUUUUAAUUUCAAAUAUUGUAAAUUGUGCUUUCAAUUCAAUUAUAAGCUGUUCUGCAGAUUAAUUUUCAACUUGUUUGAGAUGAAGGGCAGUGCAAUACUGUGUAAAUGCUGCAUUGUCACAAGUGAUGUCUUUUAUGGUAAGACACUAAGAUCUCAUCAACGAACAUCACUUACUCUUGUUCAAAGAAUAUUUGUGUCAGUACUUAUAACUAUAACCCGCUUUAAAUGGUAAUGUUUGACAUUGUGGAAUCUUGCUUAUACAGUUACCUAUUGCUAAUGCAGUCAUGGCUACAUGCCAAUACUUCUUGGUUGUAAAAUAUCUUUGUUCCGGCAGUAAAGAAAAUAAAAGUAAUUUGAAUAUGCAUUUUGUUCAUUGUUCCAGU